AUGGAAAGAAGUAAACCAGAAUUAGAAAGACGAGACGGGUUUAUUGAAACUUCUUCUGCCUUCUUUGGGUCAAUUCCCUCAACUGGGAAGACGUUGAGAGCAAUGAUCAUGGCGGCGAUGGCGAUGUGCGACUUUGGGACAGAUGACAUGACCGCGUCGAGAAGGGCGAGCUCUCCGAUGCACUUGCUGAUGUUACUUGGAGAUGGUCUUGGUCUCGAGCAUGCGAUCCAAGAUGAAAAUAGUGAGGUGAAGAGUCUCGGGGAGAAGAUGGAAACGAAUGUGAACUUGUACGAGCCAGUCGACGAGAAUACGACGCAUCUUGCUUGUUGGCUCACCACCAUCCAUAAAUCCCUCCUUGAGAAUAAACUUUUUCUCGUGGUGGACGAGAUACUUGUAUAUAUCCGGAGCCAACUCAAGCAACUUCGUCUCAUUGUCCUGAAUGUUGAUUCGCUUCGUCUUGAUUUGCAAAGAUCCUUCACCGGCACCAUGUUGAAUGUUGGCGGUUGGUUUGGUGACUUGCUUGCCUCCUUUGGCGUUGAUCGCGAAAUGAAUGAAAGUGACAUCAAACGGUUAAGAAUGUUGCUCUACAACAAUUCUCGAUCAAUUUCCCAUGUUCACGUCUUUGGAGAAGAUGGAAGUGGUCGAAGUGAGAUAGUUCGUCAAGUUCUGAAUAAUCCAGAACAUGAUUGGAUCUGUGUAUUUGGCGACUUUCUUUAUGCGGAUGGAUCUCUGAAACUGCUCCUCGAAUCACUUGCCACAAGUCUCGGUUUCAAGACGAGGGGAGAUAAAGCUGAAAGAUUUAUCAAUAAUCUCUACGAAAAUGUUGAUUGGCCAGAUGAAAACAAUAAAAAGAUUAUUAUUUUCUUGGACAAUGCACAGUCAAUCGUUGAUUAUCCGCCAGCUCCACUGCAAUGUUUCCUCGAAUCUUACAAAGCAAUCAACGAUUUGACAGUUCGAUUUGUAACAAGCGCGCCUUCAUGUUUUACUCAAUAUCAUAUUAAUCUCAUUCAUCUCUCAGUCAUUGGAUUCCACAUUGCUACACCUUCUCAAGAAACUACGAAGUGUCUGAUCUCAAAAGCAGAUUCAUCGAUUGACCCGAAGUUUAUAAAUUUCGCCAUUCAAACUUUAUUCAUGUACUGCAAAUCGCCUAACACACUUUUUUCAAUUAUCUCAGAUGCAUGGGAGAUGUACAGUAAACGCGUUCGUGUACACGAAAAUGGGCCAAAAUUCGAUGCUACCUUAGCAUCGAAAUAUCUCUUAAUCGCUGCGUUCUGUGCCAGUAACAAUCCUCAACAGGCAGACAGUCGAUACUUCGUCAAAAAUCACGGAAAAGACAAACGGUCGGAGAAGAAGGAAUUACGUGCAGAAGAGAAUCGACUCGCUAAAGAACUCGGACCGAAGCCUGCCGAACUUCAACGGAUUAUUUGUAUUUAUGAGACGUUCCUAAAAUUGAAUGAAACGGAUAUUUCCGGAUUUGAUAUAAAAAAUGUGAUCGCCUCACUCGAUUCAAUGGGACUCGUUUCUGUGAUGAAUCGAAACAAUCUGGAUACUCCGAAGAUCAAAUGCCUGAUUUCACUGGAAACUGCUCACAGAAUAUCCGGAUCACUCAAUCUGGAGCUGCGGAACUACCUCGAGCACGCCACCUGA